CCUUACACCGGACAGACCUCUCUACUCUGCCAGAUGAGCUCUGCCGCUACACCCGCCGCUAAAACUACAACUAGAUUCAAGCCUAUAAAAACAUAACUUAUAGAAACACUUCUGGCUGUUGUGUUUUAUGGACACAGUACCUCAAGAGGUGUGAGUAUUUGAGAUGGUUGCUGUGUUUGGACUCACCUCUGUCUGAAGUGGUACAGUCCCGUUAGUCUGAGAGUCCUGUUUACUGCAGCACUUAGCGGACACCGAGAAGCACCAACAUGCGGACAAACUGCACUUUACUAUAAAACGGACUGUAUGAUGAACUUUUACCGGCUGGCUAUUUUACUGGGAGCAUCAGUGUGUGUGUGCGAUGGCGUGCAUGUCACAGUGCGGGAGAAGCAGAAGUUUGCGAUGCUCUUUCAGUCCGUGGUCCUACCAUGUCAGUACCAGACAGCCUCCAUUCAGGCCCCGGUGGUGCAGUGGUGGUACAAGUCCUACUGUCGAGACCGCACUCAGGAGUCCUUCACCCUGCCCAAGAGUCUGGGCGUCCACACCUCCGAGCUGGGCACCAGGUCCCACCUGGAGUGCUCCGACAGCAGCCGCACAGUUCGAGUUGUGGCCUCGAAGCAGGGAGCCUCCAUGACGCUGGCCGAGCACUACAAAGGCAGAGACAUCUCCAUCAUUAACAAAGCAGACCUGCGUAUUGGGGAGCUGCAGUGGGGCGACAGUGGAGUGUACUUCUGUAAAGUUGUCAUUGCUGAUGAUCUGGAGGGGAAGAAUGAAGCGCAGCUGGAGUUACUGGUGCUCGGCAGGACAGGUCAGCAGGACGAUCUCCUACCUGAGUUUGAUGUGGAGAUUAUGCCAGAGUGGGCGUUUGUGGGAUCCGUAGUCCUGGGCAGCAUCUUCCUCCUGUUAUUCUUGGGGAUCUGCUGGUGUCAGUGUUGUCCUCACUCCUGCUGCUGCUACGUCCGCUGCUGCUGCUGUCCGGACACCUGCUGCUGUCCAAAACACUUGUACGAGGCAGGGAAGAUGGCAAAGAGUGGACUGCCUGCUCAAGUUCCUGUGUAUCCCUACUACAUUCCUGGUGUUCCUACUGUGGUUCCUCUCGCCCCUUCAUCCAAUAUGGAGCCGAAGGUCUCCUCUAUCCCCUCAGUGGAAAAUAACCUGGCUGGAGCACGCAGUGGUUAUCGACUGAAAGCCAGUCCAGACCAGGACUCAAUGAAAGUUCUGUACUACAUAGAGAAGGAGCUGGGUCAGCUUCCCUCUGCCAAGAUGGCUGCACUCAAACCCAGCAGCCUCUCAGAGCUCAGCUCUCUCCAUGAUGGAGGAAAUACAGACUUCCGACACACCUAUCAGACGGUGCAGAUGAAGGCGCUCCCACCCAUUGCAGACCUCGAUGACCAGUCAGUGUUAAGAGUAGCUCCACCUACACAGAGUCGAAGGCCCAGACGGGACAGAGGCAACCUCUCAGAUGACGAGCUGGACAGAAGGUGGAACCCUCGCUCAGAGCACCUUCAGAGGAGGACCUUGGGCAGAAGAGGGCGCACCGGCUCCCUGGACGAGCUGGAGGAUUUCGCCCAGUCUUACACCUCCCGUGGUCGUCGGGCUGAGCCUCCAGACCGGGCCUACGAGCGGGAUUACAGCCCUCCCAGGCGCUUCUACAGAGAUGAAGAUGACGGCUGGGGUCGCCGCAGCCCCUCACCUUUUCAGAAGAGAAGGGACACGUGGGACAGCGAUCGCCCCUGUCGACCGCCCCAGAACAAGGGAUACGAUGACACCUUCCUCAGCAGUGUGCUGGACAGCAAGUUGAGGGGGCGGGGAGGGGACAGAGGCGGCUGUAGACCGGACGGGGACAGUGACACUCCCUCUAAAGGCAGCUCCAGAGGAAAGGGCAGCGAUAGUUACUACAGCCGGUCGCCUAGCAACCGUCCAGAAGAGGAGGACCCUUUGCCUCCAUACUCUGAGCUGGAGGCGGAGCGGUACCGUAGGGCUGACUCGACCGCAGACCGGUACCGUACUGUAGAGCCUCCCCGAUCAGAGCGAUACAGGACCAAUGACGCCACCAUGAGGCCUUUCUCUUACACCCGCCCCCCCCAGGGAAUGUCCCAUACACUUCAACAGGGCGGCCGAGAAGACAGAGAUAGGAGCCGAAAUCUGAGCACUGCACUGAGCAGGGACUCUCUCAUAGUGUGACAAGGUUUCCCAGCCUCGACCCGCUCAGCGCUGCAAUCUGUUCAUUUAAACCGUCCUGUUGCUACGCAGGAGAGGCUAACUGUUCUGCCGUCAGCCACGUGAAGUCUGGCUCGUCUCACUGAGAAUAACCGCACUGAGAAAACAGCAGUAGUGGAUGGAAAAUGCACGAAGCAGCAGUCGUGUCUGCGAGUACGGGAUGUUUUUACUCAUGUGCAUGAAUCAUAUCUGGGUAUUUCUGCAUGUGUAGACCACAGAUGUUAUGUAUGUAUGUAUGUAUGUGCAUCAGUUGUUGAGUUGAGUGACUGGAUUUACUGAAACAAGUGCCAAGAUGUUUUUUGUUGGUUUUUUUUGUAUUAUUAUCUGCCAGUUUUUGAUCUGCAGGACGCCACGGUCUUUUACUGUCCUACAGACUUCAUACUUGUCACUCAGUACACUGCAACUCAGGUUCACUUUGUAUCUGUGUGUUUGUCAGUUGUUGAUAUUGUACUGUAUGUAAGUACUGUACCUUCAAUUUGUUCUGCAGAUUUUUAAUUGCACUGCUUAAAUACUUUUUUUU